AUGUUGAAGAUUUGGUCCAUGAAAAAGGAGCAAAAGGAUGCAGAGAAUGCAGAGGGCCAGGCAGGCAAGAAGAAGAAGGUGACAGCGGCGCAACUUCGCGUGCAAAAGGACCUCUCGGAGCUCUCUCUCGGCCAGACCAUGACGACCGAGUUCCCCGACCCCGACGACAUCCUCAAUUUUGUCCUGACCAUUGACCCGGACGAGGGCAUGUACCGCACCGGGCGGUUCACGUUCGAUUUUGCCAUCAACCAGAGCUUCCCCCACGAACCACCAAAGGUUCUGUGUCGCGAAAAGAUUUACCACCCCAACAUUGACCUCGAGGGCAAGGUCUGCCUCAACAUUCUACGGGAGGACUGGAAGCCAGUUCUGAAUCUGAAUGCUAUCAUUGUCGGACUUCAGUUCCUUUUUCUUGAACCCAACGCUUCGGACCCGCUGAACAAGGAAGCCGCCGAGGACCUCCGCAACAACCGCGAGGGCUUCAAGCGCAACGUGCGCACGGCCAUGGGCGGCGGCUCCGUCAAAGGCAUCCCCUAUGAUCGCGUGCUGAAGCAGGCUUAA